AUGAAUCAUUUACUUACAAUGCGUAAAAUCGUCGUCGUUGUACAAUCUUUUCUUCUUUCGGUAUUUUGUAUGUUACCCCGAGGUGUUGUCCUCCAAUCUCAUGCUGUCGGAUUGACUGUUUUCUGCUGCUGGGACAUGAGCAGUGCUGUCUGA